UUCGUUCCAAUAAGAAAAUGCUGUUACUGGUUGGAGGAUUGCCUCCCGGACCUGACCGGCUACCCAGCAAUUUGGUUCAGUAUUAUGAUGAUGAAAAGAAGACGUGGAAAAUACUGACAAUUAUGCCGUAUAACAGUGCCCAUCACUGUGUUGUGGAAGUGGAAAACUUCUUGUUCGUGCUGGGAGGAGAAGAUCAAUGGAACCCUAAUGGGAAACACAGUACAAACUUUGUUAGCCGAUACGAUCCCAGGUUUAACAGCUGGAUACAACUUCCACCCAUGCAAGAGAGGAGAGCCAGUUUCUACGCCUGUCGCCUUGACAAGAACUUGUAUGUAAUUGGUGGAAGAAACGAAACCGGCUACUUGUCCAGUGUGGAGUGCUACAAUCUGGAGACAAACGAGUGGCGUUACGUGUCUUCAUUACCACAACCUUUGGCAGCACACGCGGGAGCCGUUCACAAUGGCAAGAUCUAUAUUUCAGGAGGUGUCCACAAUGGAGAAUAUGUCCCCUGGCUGUACUGCUAUGACCCGGUGAUGGAUGUCUGGGCCCGAAAACAGGACAUGAACACAAAGCGAGCCAUCCACACUUUGGCUGUAAUGAAUGAUCGACUCUAUGCAAUUGGAGGAAACCAUUUGAAAGGUUUCUCCCAUCUUGAUGUAAUGCUUGUGGAAUGCUACGAUCCAAAAGGUGACCAGUGGAAUAUCCUCCAGACUCCUAUUCUGGAGGGUCGCAGUGGCCCCGGCUGCGCAGUCCUUGACGACAGCAUUUACCUCGUGGGAGGCUACAGCUGGAGUAUGGGAGCCUACAAAUCUUCUACCAUUUGCUACAGUCCUGAGAAGGGCACUUGGACGGAACUAGAAGGAGAUGUUGCUGAGCCACUUGCAGGACCUGCUUGUUCAACUGUCAUAUUGCCAGCCUGCGUACCAUACAACAAAUGAUAGUCAAGGAGCACUGACAUGAACACUGAUUGCAUUUGGAAAACAAUGACGGGUGACGUAAAUAUUUUAUUAGGACGGGAUUCCUGUUAGAACAAAGCUACCGUAAUUGACCCCUUAUUCCAUAUUUAUGCUUUAGGAGCAAACUAAAAGAGAACAAAAAAACAAGUGUUGUCCCAUCUCAGAUAGAUGCCGGUGUCUUAUGAAGCAAGUAGCUAAAACACACCGAACAUUACAUGCUGACAGACUGCCAUUUCAGACAUUUUAACUUUUUCCCUGCUGCAGAGAUAGUCCUCACGUCAAAUUUAACUUGAAAAAAAAUGAAGGCUAACUGUUCAAAUACAGCCUGAAGAGACAAGAUCAGUAUUGUGCAUUGUAUCUACCUGCAUGUGAUCUGUGGUGAAGUCAUGAGGAUGUUGUUUUCAUGAAUGCUUCAGAAUUCAGAUAGUGGAAAGCUCACUCUGCAUUGCAGAAUUGCCUCCUCCUCCGUAAUCCUAAACUCCAGCUACUUCACAUGCUCUGCGAGCAACACAGCAUCAGAAGAUUAUAGAAGGUAAAGAAAUAACAUUCAGUUUUUGCACAGCUUGGCAACUAAUACACUCUGCCUUCAAAGUCCCCACAUGUAAGUGCAGCAGAAAGCAGACUACAAUGAAAGCCAUGCUUUACAGAGCACUUCUUGCAAUAGCAGCUUAGGAAUUAGGAUCAAAUUCCGCUAAUCACACUUGUGUGAAGUCAGAGUCAUUUCACUGAAGUCACAUGGAAUGACUCUUUUUACAUUAGUACAACAGAAAUGUGGCCCUACAUCUUAAAUUCUGGAUUCGUUAAGUUACUUCUAUGACCACUUAACAAAGCGCCAGAACCCUUACUUACCUUUCACUAACCUGUUAGACAGGAGCGUCCAUGCUAGUUGCUUCCAAAGACAAGAAGACUGCAUUUAACUAUAGAUGUAUUGCUUCGGACUCUUAAAAGAGUAUGCACAAUUUUGGAGGGACACUGGUAAGUAGUUAAAAUACUUGUGUGUAGUUGAUCUCGAAAUGUACUCUGAAAGAUUUUCACUAGUGAUCCAAAGUAAUAACGAGGCUUGACUUUCCACUGCCUUAUAGCCUGUGUAAUUAUUUACACGCUGCAAAGCGAGUUCAGAAUGCUACCGCAUGGGACCAGCACCAUGUAAGACUCGCUUCGUGAACUCAUAGCUGCUUGCACAAGUCAGGCUGUCUGUGUUUUAAGCUUAUGUCUUUCUGUCCUGACUCUGCAAAAGCAGUGACAAAAUCUGAGCCUGAUUCUUCACCACCUUGCAGUUAACGUAGCCAUCUACACCUCAGUAAAGUAUAUGCAUAUUUCUUCCAUUGUGGUUUACUGGUGCUGCACCAUUACCCUCAGGACUGUCCUCUUCACUGGUAUAAAUUGACGUUGCUCCAUUGAAGCAAAUGGAUGUACUUGGGUUUAUGUCAGCUAAGAAUCUGGCCUCUGAUUUGCCUAUUUGUAACUGGCUGCACCAGAUAAAAGGCAAAGGAGACCCAGAUCCUGCAUUUUCAAGCCUAUACAUAUCUUUGACGAUAGUACUUAAUGCCAGUGCAUGAGGCAAGGAGCAGGCAAAUACCAGAGGUUGGUUUUGCUGCAGAGGCAAUAGAUGGGAGAAAGAAUCCAUUAUUUGCUGUGAAAAAUAGAAAGAGGGUGGAUGUACACAGAAAUUACACUAUAUAUUGAUGCUCGAGAGCAAUACAAAUAAUGGAGAGCAAAUACCAUGGGACUGUUUCUCUCUGGCAUCAGUCCAGUUUUAUUGCAGCGCAAUUCCCUUGCUUGCAGCAGAAUUACACAGUUGUAAAAUAGGAGUAAUGCAGUAAAGACUGAAACCAUACAAAUGCAAUAACCCAAUUGAUGAGGUAGCUGCACGCCUGGAAAAAAAUUGUUUAAACAAAAUAAUUAUCUAAAGAUGCUAAUAUCUGAAUGUGCCGUUGGGGAGUUUUCCAGUGAGCAUCACUAAGGAACUCAUAAAGGUCGAGUGUAUAUCCUGAAAUCUCAAUCCAUUUCUACUGUAUAGUGCAAUCUUAGUUGGUUUUGUAUUUAUUUAUAUUGUUCAGAUCCAAGGGAUCCCUUGUAAAAUAUAUUUGGUGCAAUCAUGACUUUUUUUUUCGUUUCCUGUUGAAAGUAUAUAAAUAUAAAUAUAUAUAAAAAGGAAACUGUUAAGAUACUAAAUGAGGAAACUUUGAAUGACAUUUAAGAUCAGGAUAAGGUCUGCCAUUAAACACUGUCACCUGUCUCUACUAAAAUGUACCAUUUUAAAAGGAUAUUUGUUGUCCUUUUAAGUGGUUCUUUUUUUUACCAAGAUAAGAUUUAUGAGGACUGUAUGUAAAUCUUUCUAUCCUUCAGGAAGGCAUGACCAAGAAAAGUGCUAACUGAAUAAGUCACACAAAGAAUGUAAAUUUUGUACAGUACUAGACUGUGUAAAUGAAGCUUGCUUGUAGGGGGGAAACUUUAAAUAAAACUUUAUGUACUAAUUCAACUGUCUGCCAUAUUCCUACUUAUAAAGUAUAUGUAUAAAUAAUAUCUACAUUAAAUUCUUUGGAACUUUUUUUAUCAU